AUGGCUGCAAAAUUUGUCGAUUUCGAUGAAGAAAAACAUACACAACGUUUUUCUGAUAUAGCGGGAGAACCUUGCCGAAUGUUAAUGCCUAUUCAAGGCUAUGAGAAAAAGCCUCUUGUUUCGCUCGAAGAGGCCGUAGAACCCAUUGUUGAAUAUGUACCUGAUGUGAAACGAAUGGUCUACGUUUCUAAAAUGAAAUGUGCAGAGCUUUCUCCAGGAAAACUAUCCAUUGACGAAGCAGCCUCAAUUACACUCUACUCAAUGGAAUGGGAGCCGCAAGACGAAUGUCUUUACUAUGUUUUGAAUCAAACUCUACGAAAUGAAAAUCGACAAAAAUUAAAACCUUGGUUUUUGUUUCUUCGAUUGAUUCUUACUGCAUUGGCUCAACUCCCUUCAAUAACUUCGAAUGUUUAUCGUGGUGUUAAGCGAGACAUGCGAAAAGAAUACCCCGAAGGAAAAACAUUUGUCUGGUGGGGAUUCAGUUCUUGUACAUCCAAGCUAAAUGUACUACAGAACGAACAGUUUUUGGGUAAAACAGGCCCAAGAACAUUCUUUACGAUUGAAUGUGAUAGUGGCAAGGAUAUUCGAAAAUAUUCUUCGAUUCAAAACGAACACGAAAUUCUUCUACUAGCUGCAAGGCAAUUUCGAGUCGAGGGAUGCCUCAGUCAAGGAAAAGAUUUCUACAUGAUACAACUCAAAGAAAUUCAGCCACCAUUUCCACUGAUUGAACCGGUACCAAAACCGUCACCAGCACCAGCACCAGCACCAAGACCAUUACCGCCACGACCAACUCCCAUGUAA